AUGGAAUCGUUUGAUAAACAACAUCACUGGUCAGAAAGAGACAUUCUGAAGUUACUGGAAUGCAUGAAAAAUAAUAUCCCCUCAGACGACUUCCGAUCGUUCAAAAAGACCCAGGAAGAUCUAGAUUGGGACAAAGUGGCUUUUAACCAUUUUGCGGGAAAAAUGUGCAAAGAAAAGUGGAUGCAGAUUUCUCAUAAUUUGAGGAAGUACCGCACACUCUCAGAAUUAGUUCUGGAAGCCUCUGAACUUACUAAAGAACCUCGCAAAUGUAAGACAGUGAAGAAACAUCCUGACUUCCCCAAAAGACCCCUGACUGCCUAUCUGCGUUUUUACAAGGAGCAUCGGGCCAAGUACUGUCAGAUGUAUCCUAAGUACAACAACCUACAGCUGACCAAAAUCCUGGCUGAGAAAUACAACAAGCUGCCAGGAGAGGUCAAGGAGAAAUAUAUUCAGGCCUUCCAGAAGGAGAAACAAGAAUUUAAGGAAAAAAUAACUAAAUUCAGGGAAAAUCACAGUGGUGCAGAGCAAUCUAAGGAAUCUGUGGUGAUCAGGAACCACCAAACCAAAAUCCCUAAGAAAAUACAAGGAGACAGGAAAAUCGUAAGGUCCCCUCUAAAAAAGGAAUCUCCCAAAGCACUUCCCGCAGUGUUGAAAUUUCAGAGAGAACCCAAGAGACCCCCUAUGAAUGGGUACCACAAAUUUCACCAAGAUUCGUGGUCAAGUCUGGAGCUGCGCCAUCUACCCCUUAGGAAGCGCCGUGUUGAAAUUAGCAGACUAUGGCAGCAAGUCCCAGCGAGCCAGAAAGAGCAUUAUGGCCGUCAGGCUGAAGAGCUACAGAAACAAUACUGGGUGAAAAUGGACCUCUGGCUCAAGGGAUUGUCACCAGAGGAGAAUGAUGCAUACAAAGAGGCAAGGGCCACCUCUGGGAAGCGAAACAACUUUGCCAAGUCUGGAGGUCCAAGCCCCAAAUGUCAACCAAUGCAUCCGGAGGCCAACUCAGCAAAGGAGCUGCAAGUCAAGCCUGUAAAAAUGCAAGGAACGCUGGUUCCUAGAGCAGAUUCCCCAAAGAGUAUUCAGGGCCACGAUGGAGGCUCACAGGCAUCCAGGCAGAAUAUGAAUACAAUGGAAGAUGGCAAAAAGGAGGGCUCUAGCAGCUCCUCAGACUCUAUCAGUACAGACGAAGGUGGAGAUGACUGA